AUGAGUAAAUCCGAGCAAAGAAAACGACAUCGACAAAGUAGUGACUCAAAUUCUGAUGAUGAUCAAUUAGAUUCAGAAAAAAUAGAUGUUGAUGGUUAUGAUGAUAAAUAUCUUGGUAAUGCAGAAGAUCGUGCAUGGUUAAAAAAUUUAUCUGAACGUGAACGUGAAGCAGAAUUAUUAAAAAGACAUGAACAACGUGAAGUAUUAAAACAUCAUGAAGAAAUAAGUAAAAAACUUAAAUCAAAAAUAACAAAUCAUGAUGAUAUUAAUAAUGAACCAAAAAUAAAAACAAAUUUAUUUGGUGAUAUUAAUAUAUAUGCACAAGAUGAUGAUGAUGAUGAUUAUUCAUCAGCUAAUCGUCGAAAACAAGUUAAUGCAUCAAAACAACAAGAAACACAACAUAGUAAAUCAUUAAAAGUUUUAAUUGAAGAACGAAAGAAAAAACAAGAUGAAAAAAUAAAAAAAUCUCUUCCAAAACCCGUUGAUCUUUCAUCUAGUGAUGAUGAAAUUAAAGAAAAAUCAAUUAAAUCAAAGAAAACAGAAAAAUGGAAAGUAGCUGAUGUUUAUGCAACAUCAAGUUCUGACGAUGAAGAUGAUCAUCGUCGACGAUCUCGAUCACCUGAUGAUCAUGAGAAAGAUUCUCAAAAAGAAGAAUCUAGAAAUAAAAGAUUAACACGUAUAACAACAAAAUCUGAAUUAAAACCAAUGGUUUUAUCUCGUUUUCGAAUGGAAAAAUGGUGUCAUGCACCAUUUUUUGCUGAUGUAGCAAAAGGUGCUUUUGUUAGAAUUAAUAUUGGACAAAAUAAUGGUAAACCGGUUUAUCGUGUUUGUGAAAUUCGUGAUGUUGUUGAAACAGGUAAAAUCUAUAAUCUUGGUCCAACACGUACAAAUAAAGGACUUCGUUUAAAACAUGGACAUAAUGAACGUGUAUUUCGUCUUGAAUUUGUUUCAAAUAGUGAAAUAUCCGAUUCAGAAUUUAAACGUUGGCGUGAAACAUCAAUUAAACAGAAUAUUCCAUUACCAACAUUAGAACAAGUUGAAAAUAAAAGAAAAACAAUUAAUAAAUUUAAACAUUAUGUUUAUAGUAAUAGAGAAAUAACAAAAAUUGUCGAAGAAAAAAAACGUUUUCGAAAAGCACCAAUUAAUUAUGCAAUGACAAAACAAGAAUUAUUUAAAGAUCUAGAAAUAGCAAGAGAUGAAAAUGAUACUAAAAGAGAAAAUGAAUUAAAAAAAAAAUUAGAUGAAAUGGAAGAACGUGCUUCUGAAAUCGAUCGAAUACGAAAAGCAAAUAAUUCAAUUUUAACGCAAAUCAAUCGACGAAACCGAAAAAGUACGCAACAAAAUGUUGAAAAUGCUUUAGUUCGUGAAGCUCAAGAAAAUCGAAAUGUACAAGCUGAUCCAUUUACACGUCGUCGAUGUGCACCAAUUCUGGUUUCAAAAGCUCAACAAACUAAAGACGAAUUAAUUCGAGAAUUACAUAUGCAACGUGCAGCUGAUGAAGAAAAAGCAAAGAAGAAACGUGAAGAAGAAGAACAAAAGGCUAAAAAAGCAGCAAUUACAACAACUCAAAUAUCAAUUCAUAGACAGAUAUCUUCAGAAAGAAAACUUCCAGCGGUGACAAGUCAUGAACGUGGUUCAUUUACAUCAUUUGCUGAUAAUAAUGAUGAACUAUUUACAUCACAUAAUUUUGAACUUGAUGUUGUGAUUAAAAUUCUUCCUGAAUAG